UCAAACGUGCAUCCGGGCAGCUUCAUCAGACGUGGCGAGCAGAAGCCUGGUAGGAGACAAAAAGUCAUCCAAUCUGGGCAGCCUUGAGGAUUGGAGAAGCUUUACUCCGCUUUCCUUGCCAGCGGAGUUGCUCAAAAUUUUGCAGAAGGAGUGAGAAACUGCAACUUUUUCUGCUUUUUUUAUCGAUUUCCCAGAAGAUGCUGAGUUUAUCUUUGGUGAAGAAGAAAAGGCUUUGAUGAGAUCUUCACGUGAUUAUCCCUGCUGAGGACCAGGAGCCGUUUCCAGUAAUUCAUCCUUCUGUGAAAAAGCUCUGAAUAGCACCAACGAGGCACCUAAGCUGCUCUGUCAAAUGGACACUGAUGUUGAACAGCUGUUGCUUUUCACCAUCUCAUCUCGGAGAGAAAAACGGACCGUUCAGGAGCUAUACAGCACACGACAACGAUGCUGAAAAACUUGUUCGCAUCAAAGCACCUCGUACUUAGCAACUGAUGAGGAUGAGAGACGGUGUGAUGACCUACCUGUAUUUGGCAAGUGUGUUUUUCACCUCGUUGGAGAGAGGAGCACAGAGGAAAAAAAGUCAGCGAGAGGGAGCAGGGGAGGGGAAGAGCAAGCCAGCGAGGGAAGGUGUGAAGCCAACGCUUUGAAACAGAAAGAAGACGAACAGAGCUGAGAAAGACAGGGAGAAAAAACUGUGACAACUCUGCCAGACUGAAGGAGUAAAAGGAAAAACAGAGCGUAUCAAAGAGCUGGCCGUGCGCCCAUUUAACUCUGGAGGAUCGUGUUUUGUCAAAGCCAUACAGGGAAGCCUCUUAAUGGAUCCACAAAAGUGUGCCUCCCUCUGACCUGUCAACUGCAACACAGACAUAACAACAUGGAUGUAGAUCCUCCAAACAGCACUUUUACCAACGCAUCACAGGUGGCUCCCUUCAACGUCUGGGAGGUCAUAACCAUCGCUACAGUGUCGGCCAUUGUCAGCUUGAUAACUAUCGUGGGUAACGUGCUGGUGUUGCUGUCUUUCAAAGUCAACAGCCAGCUGAAGACUGUUAACAAUUACUACCUGCUGAGUUUGGCGUUCGCUGACCUCAUCAUCGGAGUGUUGUCCAUGAACUUAUACACCACGUACAUCCUGAUGGGUUACUGGUCCUUGGGGAACCUUGCAUGUGAUCUCUGGCUGGCAGUGGAUUAUGUAGCCAGCAAUGCCUCAGUUAUGAACUUACUCGUCAUCAGCUUCGACAGGUACUUCUCCAUCACGAGGCCGCUGACGUACAGGGCUAAAAGGACUCCAAAGAGAGCUGCCAUCAUGAUCGGCCUCGCUUGGCUGGUGUCUUUUGUCCUCUGGGCGCCACCCAUUCUGUGCUGGCAGUACUUUGUAGGGGAGAGAAACGUGCCUCCUGACCAGUGCCAGAUUCAGUUUUUAACAGAGCCUGUGAUCACAUUUGGCACAGCCAUCGCUGCUUUCUACAUCCCUGUCUCCGUUAUGACCAUCCUUUACUGUAGAAUCUACAAGGAGACGCAGAAACGGACCAAAGAUCUGGCAGAGCUGCAAGGGCUCGCGACAGAGAAUGUUCUCGAGGGGACUAAACCACAGAAAACUAUCAUUCAUUCUUGCUUUCAUUUCACCAGAGAGAGGAGGGACCGCAGUCAGGCCUCCUGGUCCUCAUCUAAUCAAAGUAAUGCCACUAAAACUACCACUAGAUCAGACGAGGCAUGGGCGAAGGCAGAUCAGAUCACUUCCUUUAACAGCUACUCCUCGUCUGAAGAGGAGGAGCAGCAUGUUUCAAUAGAAACUCCACAGGGAUCUUUCAAAGAGCAAGGCAGUGGAGAAAAUAACAAGAACGGGCAGGUGAAUGAUUACACAGAAGAUCUGUAUUUUUCCACUCCUAAGAAGAAGAGCAGUAAAAAACGCAUCUCUUAUAAAUUCAAACCUGGCUCAAAGGGUAAAAACGGCAAACCUACGACUGCCACGCCCUGCCUGCCUGAAGCAGAGCCGCCCCCCAAAAACACCUCCCCUUCCUCCUCCACCACCUCCAAACCCAUUGACCCCGUCCUGAAGAACCAGAUCACCAAGAGGAAGAGGAUGGUGCUGGUGAAGGAGAAGAAGGCAGCCCAGACUCUCAGCGCCAUCCUCCUGGCCUUCAUCCUCACAUGGACGCCAUACAACAUCAUGGUGCUCAUCUCCACCUUCUGUGCCGAGUGCAUCCCCACGUCCCUGUGGCACCUGGGCUAUUGGCUGUGCUACGUCAACAGCACCAUCAACCCCAUGUGCUACGCCCUCUGCAACAAGACCUUUCAGAAGACCUUCCGCAUGCUGCUGCUCUGCCAGUGGAGGAGGAGGAGGAGAGGCGAAGACAAGCUGUACUGGUGUGGCCAAAACCCAAACGUCAACAAUAAAAUGACUUGAUGUGGCGGACCGCAGUGUUAGAGCAGACUUAUUGCUUUUGCCCACGUUUGGAUUUUCUUGAUAUAUACUGUAGUCAGUGUCAUCUUCAGCAUGAAGUGCUGCAUGUGAUUUUUGUGUUAAAGUGUUGGUAAAAAAAUGAGCUGAGCCUGAUGCAGCACUUGAACUGCUGUCACAGAUUAUUACAGAAAAGAAAUGUCAUGAAGGCAGUGACACACUUACCAAGGUUACAGGUUAAAGAACAGGUUCAGAUUAUUCAACAAGUCUAUCUUAAAGGAGAACUUCACUGAUUUUACGCAUUAAAGAAGUGAUAAUAAUAAUGAAUAUUAGAGCAUUAAUAUAGCAGUAAACAACUAUUUGUUGUGUAAGGAUAUAGUGGAAUAAUGGUGUCCUGAGCAGAGAAUAAAGUCACGCCACCUCUUGUGUGUUGUAAUACGAGCUUCUCUGCCCACCCAGCUGCAUGAGUCCCUCCCUUUAUGUCCAGGCUCCCAGGAACGCUGCUCCACCAGCAGCCAAUUUUCCCCAGUGGCCACUCACAGUAUUGCAGCAAAAAAAUCCCCAGUGGCUCAAAGAGCAUUCUCCCCAUAGGCCACCAUUAUAAAACAGAUGUUUGUAAAGGUGUUGACAGGACACCUUGAACUGCAAUCAAGGUCAAUACUGACUCUUUUAUUAUCAAUUUUUUAUCCAUGGAGGUUUUAUGUUUGUAAAAUUUUCCAGCAGCUAAGAAAAGCGAUUUACAAACCCCUGACAAUAUCACAAUGUAAAAUCUAUGAGGUGAGCAGGAACUUGCAGGCGGGACUAGCGGGAGAAACACGGAGGAUAUUCAGUGGGCCCAAUACCGCAGACGUAAACUUGGAAAGUAGAAACUUUUUUUUGGGGCAUGCGUCAGGCGAGCACUUCAAUUGGAAUGAACAGGCGGCACCUUGGCAUUUGGUAUCAAGGUGUUAUUAUAAAUCUAUGUACAUGUCCCACUGGCUAGCUAAUUGCAGUCACUCUGCGCUACGCUCAUAAUGCGGUUACUAUU